AUGGCUCUCUUUCUUAGUGAGCUACAGGUGUCUGACACGGUGCUGACACACAUACUCUCCAGGUUUUUUUUUGCUGGAGUCACAGGACUGAAACUCCCAGAGUUCACUGCAAUAGUUCUGCUGGAUGGAGAGCAGUUUUUGUACUAUGACAGUAACAUCAGGGAGGUAAUCACAAAGACGGAGUGGGUCCUGAAGUUAAAGUCUGAUGAGCCACGUACCUGGGACAGUGUGACCGAGAGGAUGUGGGCUCACCAGGAAAGGUUCAAAGUCAAUGUGGCUACAGCAAUGCAGAGCUUUAAUCAGACUAAAGGCAUACACAUGUGGCAGCAGAUGUACGGCUGCGAGCUUGAUGAUGACGGCACCACUAGAGGAUAUAUAGAGUACGGUUGUGAUGGAGAAGAUUUCAUCAAUCUGGAUCUAAAGGCUGUCUCCUGGAGUGCAGUCAAACCUCAAGCUGUGAUGACUGAAAACAAGUGGGAGUCUACAGGACAUCAGGCUAAAUACUGUAUAGACUACCUGAGGUUUGAGUGUGUUGACCGGUUAAGAAAGUUUGCGUCGUACAGCAGGGAGACUCUGAAUAAGAAAGUUGGUCCCGAGGUUUCAAUUCUCCAAAAACACACUCCUUCUCCAGAGGUGGUGUGUCACGCUACAGGUUUCUUCCCCAAAGCAGUGGUGAUCACCUGGCAGAAGGACGAAGAGGACGUGCAUGAGGACGUGGAGCUCAGAGAGACGUUACCCAACCAGGAAGGAAUUUUCCAGAGGAAAAGCAUUCUGAAAGUCCCAGCUGAGGAGCUGCAGAAACACAACUACACCUGCGUGGUUCAGCACAACAGCUUGGAGAAGGAGUUAGUGCGAGAAGUACCAAAAGGUGGAGGAUCAGGUGGAGGAUCUGCUUCUUACAUCAUUGGUACAGUCACGACUGUUGUAGCACUAGUUGUUGUUGGUGCUGGAAUUGUCAUCCGAAAAAAGAAGUCUGCCUGUGAAGAAGAUUCCUCCUCCAGGAACUCUUAAAGUGCUGUUUAAAAGUCAGGCUCCCUGCUCAAAUAAAAGAGAGAGAUGAGGAGAGAGGGAUGAGCACCACACACACACACACACACACACACACACAAACACCAUAAUUCCAGUGUAUAAUCUUAAGUGUGUACUUUUUCUUCCUGUGCUUUGAUGGUGGAGCUUCUAAUU